AUGACUUCCGAUCGAGACGGUUUGCUUAAAAACGCGUCCAAUGGUACGAUAUCCAGUGCUGGACCAUCUGAGAUCGUUGUAUCAGAAUCAUUAGACGAUACGACUCCAAGUGAACCUAAUGAAUUUGGAGACUGUGGAACUUUGAAAAGACUCUUCAAAAAGAGUGCUGACAUUCGAAGUAAAUUCAAAGAGUCGGUUCCUGACGACGGGUUGCAAAUUGCGAAUUACGAUGAGAAUACAGUCGUGAAUCAAGGCACAUCGGAAUGGCCUUUGCCUCAGCUCACUUUCCAUCACGUACAUGGUUCUAAUAUACAAAUUUUACGAGGAGGCCGAGUCGCAAGACGAAGAGAAUCUUUCUGUAAAGGACUUGCCUUCAGCAGUCGGCCAAUACAGAUCGAUGAGAAUGUUUGCAUUCGAUUUGCUGAAGUUGUUUCAAAUUGGUCUGGUGUCUUGCGCUUUGGUGUUACAAAUGUUGAUCCAGAAACUUUUCGUGGGAUCGAACUACCGAAGUUUGCAUGUCCAGAUUUAACAAGUAAAGAAGGCUAUUGGGCAAAAGCAUUACCUGAACGUUACUCUGUCGCUGGAUCAAUUCUGCAUUUUUAUGUGAACGCUGAGGGUGAACUUUAUUACGGAAUAAAUGGUGUUUUGAAAGGACAGUUUCUGAAUGGAAUCAACGUAUUCUCGCCCUUAUGGGUUAUUGUUGAUAUAUAUGGAAAUAGUUCCUCACUUGAAUUCAUUGACCCGAAUGAAGUCAGGUUCCGGUCAACGCGGUCAACAGUGAGUAGGAAUCGUGCAGGCAGUCGCCCUCUUUCAACAACAUCAGUUCCGCAAACGCAAAUUGCAACAACGAGCACUGCGACACAUCAUCGGCAUCCCAGAAACAAUUCAAAUUCGCGGCCAAAUUUGCCUCCUUCAAAAUAUCAUGCAGGUAUACAGUUUACACCAUUAACUUUUCAUACUGUACGUGGAAAACAUGUUGCUUUGACUCAUGCUUAUACUGUUGCUGAAAGACACGCUGGUGAAUAUGCCUGUGGUUAUGUUUUCACAUCCAGACCUCUUGCAUUAAAUGAAAAAAUCGUGAUUCAGGUACUGGAUAUAGAGUCAGCUUAUACUGGUAGUAUGGCUUUCGGAUUGACUUGCUGUGAUCCGGUUAAUUUACAAGGUUCGACACUGCCCGUGGAUAGUGAUGAUCUUUUAGAAAGGCCGGAAUAUUGGGUUGGUAUCAAAGAUGUAGCUGCGCAACCUAAAAUUAGUGAUGAAUUAUCGUUUUGGAUUACUGAAAAAGGCGAGGUGUAUUUUGCGAAGAACAAUCUCGCAUCUCGCGUCAUUAUUCAUGUGGAUACGUCUGUAAGGCUGUGGGCAUAUUUUGACGUUUACGGCACGACUCAGAAAAUACGCGUGUUAGGAAGUGUUAAAGUAAUAGCAGCGUCUCAAAUCACAGCGCAAUGUUUACCGCCAACUACAGCAAUCACAAGAACCUCUCGUAGUUUGCUUGACUUAUCUCCUGAAACAAGAACAGAUGCUGGGAGACCAAGCAGUGAAGUAUCUGUUUUUCCGACAACGAGCACAUAUCUCGCGCAUCCAAAUCAUGAAGACUGUCCUCCUCUUUUAUCCAGACGAACGCAGUCAGAAACUGGUGACAGUGUGAAUGGAGUGUUUUUACGUAUGCCAUGUUCUUCACAAGGAGAAAGGAGAGUACCUACAUCAAUGCCUACUGUAGCUAGGCCUUCGAGACCGAUAUUCAUGAGUGGAGAGCAUUUCAUCGACUUCUUGGAAAAUUUGGAUAACAUUCACGGACUUCAUGGUAGUGAAUCCAACAUAUCUCAUCGAUCGCAAUUCCCACCACCUCCGGUGCCAGCCAGGGUAUCUCCUGUGCGGCUUCUGUCGGGAAGGCCACCUUUACAUUCUUCAUCGCGUCUACCACUAUCUACACAAACAGCAACUCAUCAGCAACGAUCCGGUGAUGAUGAUGGUGAAAUUGGCGAUGAAUGUAGAAUCUGUAUGAACUCUAAAGUAAAUUCUGUGAUCUACACAUGUGGGCACAUGUCGAUGUGUUUCGAAUGCGCAACGGAAACAUGGCACUUGAAUGGGGAGUGCCCGAUAUGUCGCAAGAAGAUCGAAGAUGUCAUCAAAAUUUACAAGUCAUAA